AUGUUACUUCUCGCCCUUUUUACCCUAGUGGCAAAGCUGGCGCUAGUAAUUGGCUUCGAUGCUAACUCCAAGUCUAAUGUUGCUGUGUAUUGGGGUCAAUCAUCAGCUGGCUCUCAAGAGUCUCUAGCAUCCUACUGUCAAUCCUCAGACGUUGACAUCGUGCUUUUGUCCUUCAUGUACUCAUAUCCCUCAUCUAUUGGCCUCGACUUCAGCUCCGCGUGCUCGGAUUCGUUUUCAGACGGGCUUUUACACUGCGAUCAGAUCGGAGAAGACAUCAAGACUUGUCAAGAUUUAGGCAAAAAAGUGUUACUUUCCAUGGGCGGUGCCACCGGUUCUUACGGCUUUUCAAGUGACUCGGAGGCAGAACAAUUUGCAACUACUCUGUGGAACACUUUUGGCGGUGGCUCAGCAACCGAGCGCCCUUUCAAUGAUGCAAUUGUUGACGGCUUCGACUUCGACAUCGAAAAUCAGAAACCCACAGGCUAUGCUGCCUUGGCCAAGAAGCUCAGGAAGUAUUUCAACUCAGCCUCCAAAGAUUAUUAUUUAUCUGCCGCUCCACAAUGUUUUUACCCUGAUGCCUCUGUCGGUGACCUAUUGAACAACGCUGAUAUUGACUUUGCGUUUAUUCAAUUUUACAACAACUACUGUAACGUUGACAAACAGUUCAACUGGGAUACUUGGACCCAGUUUGCAUCUUCUGCUCCCAAUCCAAGCAUCAAAUUAUAUCUAGGGCUACCGGGUUCGGCAACUGCUGCUGGCUCUGGCUACCUUUCUGAUUUGAGCUUAGUGAAGUCUACAGUCGAAUCAAUAAGCGAAAGCAGUAAUUUCGGGGGUAUCAUGUUGUGGGAUGCUUCUCAGAGUUUUGGUAAUGAGGUUGAUGGCAAGACGUACAUAUCCCAAAUGAAAUCUAUUUUGGAGUCGGUCGAUUCAUCAGGGACGUCUUCCACCACUGUUACAUCAAGUUCCUCCAUUGCAACUUCCAGUACUCAAUCAAGUUCUUCCAUUGCAACUUCCGCUCCUCAAUCAAGUUCUUCCAUUGCAACUUCCGCUCCUCAAUCAAGUUCUUCCAUUGCAACUUCCAGUACUCAAUCAAGUUCUUCCAUUGCAACUUCCAGUACUCAAUCAAGUUCCUCCAUUGCAACUUCCAGUACUCAAUCAAGUUCUUCCAUUGCAACUUCCGCUCCUCAAUCAAGUUCUUCCAUUGCAACUUCCACUUCUCAAUCUUUCGCCACCCCCAGUACCCUAUCAAGCUCCUCUGUCGCGGUCUACAGCUCCUCAUCGCACUCAGCCAUUGCUUCUUCCGCUGUCAGUUCCUCCAGAGCUCCAACCUUCACUUCUGUUUCUCUAUUGAGCUCAGGUAUUUCCUUCUCAAGCACUUCAGUGUCUUCCAUACCGGCUUCUCACGUCCAUGCCACUCAAAAGUCCACCUCAAGUGCCCUCGUCGUUGUUUACAGUUCAACUGCCGUUCAGUCAAGUACUCCGUCCUCUAUCGCUGUGGCAUCGUCUACGGAGGGAAGCUCAACAGCCCAGGCCUCUCAAACUUUGACCAGUACUUCCACGAACCCUUCCGCUCCUUACACCACUGGAACUUCGAGCCCAUUAUCGGAUUCUUCUUCCACACGUAGCGACACAACUACAACUUUGGCCCCCACCAUUGUGCCUUCAGACGCCCCUACUGCAACUUCGUCAACUGCUAGUACAACUUCGACUUCAUGGGCCCACCAAAGAGCUACUGAGUUGAAUGCUCAAUAUGCUGCAGGUCAGUUAAACGGAAACUCCAGCUGCUUCGAUGGGGAAAUUUCAUGUUCGACCGACGGGAAAAUCGCUAUCUGCGACCAUGGCUCUUGGGUGUUCACCGAGUGUGCUUCUGGUACGGUUUGUUUUGCGUACGACAGCAACGAUGUUGUAUUCACCACUUGCAACUUUUCCUAUAUGAAGAGUUCGUUUGUGUGA